AUGGCGAAUUCAGAGCAACUCAAUAACAGAAUAUCCAACAAUGACGCUCCUGAUCAUUCAAUUCAUAUCCGCUCUCGAUCAACUGUCCACACCCAGAGCCCCAAACGUCUGUCUGUCUUCAGCGGUCGUUCCCGGAGCAAUACAACUACUUCCACCACAUCAUCACGCCGCUCUCCCGCUUCCUCCAUGACAUCUAUGGAUGCUGCCUCGCUGCCCUCAUCUCAAGAUGAACGAACUAAUCCGGCCGGUGUCCGCUCGGAGCGGCAGGAGAGUAUGACCAAAUCACUUUUCUCGCGCGGAAGCCGUAUCCUCCGUCGCCAGGGAAGUAAAUUCAAUAUCGUUGCCACGCUGGAUGAAGAGGAUGAAUUAGAGCGCGAGAAAUCCCGGUUUGAGGUCUCAGACCUCUUCAGCCGUCACCACAGGUCGCGACAGAGCGAUGCUCAUGAACAAUUGAAAAAUCUUAUUUCGGAUCCCUUUGACUUCCACCACCUAACUCAUACGAGUCCAUCCCAUUUCCAGGCAAUGGACAGGGCCCGGGAAAAUGACCUGGUCACUGAAUUCUCCGCCAUCCGUGCCUCUCAAAGACCUGUCACGGGACUUAAGGGUAUCCGCGCGGAAGAUCUUCAUUUUCGUGACUUCUCAUCCGAGAACCUCGCCAAUUGCGGGACAAGUAUUGCAAGGGACCACGCUGUUCCCGCUUCGAUUAGCCCUCCUGGGUCGCCAGGAACAUCGUCGUCAGCAGCGAGCCCCAAGCAGCAAGACGAUAGGCUAAGGAGGGAAUCACGAGUCUGUGAGAACUUUUCUCGGCCAUAUCCCAGAGUUGGCGCAACUACGCCGCCUGGGUUGGCAGCAUCCCCGGAAAUAUCUGAACCAGCUCCUCGUGCCAUUGACGAGAUACUGGGUCUGUCGUCCCCAGCCACGUACCCGGAACAUGUCUACUCAAACGACGACGAAUCCCAAGAAUGUCGUUUACUCCAUAUGAACGUUGAAAGCAUCUUCCUACCGACCAUUGAACAGGACAUCAUUCCCAACGUUCAAAAAGACACAAUUGAUUUCAGAACUUCGUCUAUGUCGUUCACCAACAUGUCCUCCGAUCUUGAUGUCCUUCCAGAAGAAGAGGAGGCUACCCAUUCAAGGGAAACUUUGGCCUCUAGGGUAGAGGAAACAAACUCGCGUUCCCAGUCUCGGCUAAGCUCACCUCCAACUGAGCUGCAGAGCACCUCUGUAGUCAGGCCUAAGUCUAAUCUAUCCGUAUACGUGACUGAAGAAUUGUCGAAGAAGGUUGCCGAAGCUCUCGGCUCUCCUACGCUCCCUCAAUAUCGUCAGCACGGGGCACUGCCGCACGACCAAAGACUGAACGGAAUGGUGAAGCGAACAGCGUCUGUUCGUCGAAGAGCAACAUAUGAGACCAUCUAUGAGUCUUGGGAUGCUGACAUUGACUACUGUUAUGAGCAUGCAGCAGAGUCAAAUUGUAACUUCGACUGGGCUCGUAAUUCGUUCGAUGAACCACAGCAGGACCCAAUUGACGUCCCCAUCACGAGCUCCCAGGUCGAUCCGGUGAAUGAGGCCGACAAAAUUCACCUGCUCCCAGCCGCGCAUUUGAGCACGUCCACAGUUCCUGGAUUGGAUCUAGAGCCUAGUCCGCCUCCUUCGUUUCCUAGCGCGCAAGUUUCCUUAACUCCGUCAACCACAAGUUACGAAAUUGAGGGAAACGUCUCUCAGCGGAACAGCGAUUAUUUCCAGCCAGUCAGUUCUUCAAUGUUUCCAUCGACCCUGGGAAAACAUUUGACCCAUGAUACCCUAUAUGAGGAGUACCUGGCAGGCGAUGCUGAAUCAGAUCGGCACUUCUCCUUCUGCUCCCAAGGGGUGAUCCAACCCAUGGAGCAGCCUGUCUCUCCCCGCAGUAGUUUCUCUCCGAUCAGCAAAUGCAACUCUGAAGAAAGCCUAAUCUUAUCCCGUGCGGCAUCAAUUGUCCGCAAGCACCGCUCUUCCGUCUCGACUACUAGUGUUCCGGAGCUUGUGCACAGCUUGGCAAAUAGCCGAGAGUUCUCCACGAUGGAUCAAGCCACCUUAGGCGAUCACUCUCUGCCCUCCGGGCCUGGACAACCAGAGUCGUCUUCUUACCAUCAUCAAGCGAAAAGCCUGGCAAAAGAUAUCGAGACCCAGGUUGCCUUUCGCGCUGACGGCAGUUUGAUCUUUGAAUCUGCUGGGUUCAUACCAAAUCCGGGCCCUGCUAUUCAGGAUCGCGCAAAAUCCUCAUCUGAAGUAGAGACGACCAAGGCUGAAGUCCCUAUCAAAGGAACACAUCGGCGAAAGGGCAGAGCAUCGUACUCGCUCUUUCCAUCUCCCGCAACGUCCACUAACGUGCUGUAG